CCUUAGAGUCCAGGGUGUCGGCGGUGCGGUUCCCAGUUUCCUCACCAUUUUCCUGGGACCUAGGCUGGCAGGAUGGCAGAGGAAGGGGCUGUGGCAGUAUGCGUGCGAGUCCGGCCGCUCAGCAGCAGAGAAGAAGAACUUGGAGAAGCUACACAAGUUUACUGGAAAACUGACAAUAAUGCUAUUUAUCAAGUUGAUGGGAGUAAAUCCUUCAAUUUCGAUCGAGUCUUUCAUAGUAGUGAAACUACUAAGAAUGUCUAUGAGGAAAUAGCAGUACCUAUCAUUGAUUCUGCUAUACAAGGCUACAAUGGCACUAUAUUUGCCUAUGGGCAGACUGCUUCAGGAAAAACACAUACUAUGAUGGGUUCAGAAGAUUGUUUGGGAGUUAUACCCAGGGCAAUUCAUGACAUUUUCCAAAAAAUUAAGAAGUUUCCUGAGAGAGAAUUUCUCUUACGGGUGUCUUACAUGGAGAUAUACAAUGAAAUCAUCACAGAUUUACUCUGUAACACUCAAAAAAUGAAACCUUUAAUAAUUCGGGAAGACAUCAACAGGAAUGUGUAUGUUGCUGAUCUCACAGAAGAAGUGGUUUAUACCUCAGAAAUGGCUUUGCAGUGGAUCACAAAGGGGGAAAAGAACAGACAUUAUGGAAUAACAAAAAUGAAUCAAAGAAGUAGUCGUUCUCACACUAUUUUCAGGAUGAUUUUGGAAAGCAGAGAGAAAGGUGAACCUUCUAAUUGUGAAGGAUCUAUCAAGGUGUCCCAUUUGAAUUUGGUCGAUCUUGCAGGCAGUGAAAGAGCUGCUCAAACAGGAGCUGAAGGUGUACGACUCAAGGAAGGCUGUAAUAUAAAUCGAAGCUUAUUUAUUUUGGGACAAGUAAUCAAGAAACUUAGUGAUGGACAAAUUGGUGGUUUCAUAAAUUAUCGAGAUAGCAAAUUAACACGAAUUCUUCAGAAUUCUUUGGGAGGAAAUGCAAAAACACGUAUUAUCUGCACAAUUACUCCAGUAUCUUUUGAUGAAACUCUUUCUACUCUUCAGUUUGCCAGCACUGCUAAAUACAUGAAGAAUACUCCUUAUGUUAAUGAGGUAUCAAGUGAUGAAGCUCUCCUAAAGAGAUAUAGAAAGGAAAUAGUGGAUCUUAAAAAACAGUUAGAGGAGGUCAGUAUAAAGACUCGGGCCCAGGAAAUGGAAAAAGACCAAUUGGCCCAACUUUUGGAUGAAAAAGAUUUACUUCAAAAAGUACAGGAUGAAAAAAUUCAAAACUUAACACGAAUGCUGGUGACUUCUUCUUCUCUUACAAUGCAACAGGAAUUAAAGGCUAAAAGAAAACGAAGAGUUACUUGGUGCUUUGGCAAAAUUAACAAAAUGAAGGACUCAAACUAUGUAAAUGAAUUUAAUAUGCCAGCAAAUGUAACAACGAGAAGACACAAGACUGAUAGCGCUGUGUUAGGAGAAAUUGAUGAAUCUCUCUAUUUAGAGUCUGAUGUCUUCAGUAAUACUCUUGAUUCAUUAACUGAGAUAGAAUGGAAUUCAGCAACAAAGCUACUAAGCCAGGAAAACUUAGAAAGUGAAUUGAACUCACUCCGUGCUAAGUAUGAUAAUUUGGUAUUAGACUGUGAACAACUGAGAAGAGAAAAUGAAGAAAUGGGAUUGAAAUUAAAAGAGAAAAAUGAUUUGGAUGAAUUUGAGGCUCUAGAAAGAAAAGCUGAGAAAGAUCAAGAGAUGCAACUAAUUCAUGAAAUUUCCAACUUAAAGAAUUUAGUUAAACAUGCAGAAGUAUAUAAUCAAGAUCUUGAGAAUGAACUAAAUUCAAAAGUAAAGCUGCUUGAAGAAAAAGAAGACCAGAUUAAGAAUCUACAAAAAUACAUAGACACUCGGAAGUCAGAAAAUAUAAAAAUGGAUUUGUCAUACUCAUUGGAAAACACUGAAGAUCUAAAACAAAUGCAACAGACUCUGUUUGAUGCUGAAACUGUAGCUCUUGAUGCCAAAAAACAAUCAGCCUUUCUUAGAAGUGAAAAUCUGGAGCUGAAAGAGAAAAUGAAAGAACUUGAAAGCACUUGCAAGCAAAUGGAAAAUGACAUUCAGUUAUAUCAAAGCCAAUUGGAAGCAAAAAAGAAGAUGCAAGUUGACCUGGACAAAGAAUUACAAUCUGCUUUUAAUGAAAUAACAACACUUAACUCCCUUAUAGAUGGCAAAGUUCCAAAAGAUUUGCUCUGUAAUUUGGAAUUGGAAAGAAGGAUUACUGAACUACAGAAAGAACUGAAUAGAGAAUCUAAAGAGAAUGAAGCUCUUCGAAAAGAAGUUGAUUUACUCUCAGAGUUGAAAUCUUUACCCCAUGAAAUGGAAAUGCUGAGGAAAGAGAUCCAUGAAAAAUCUGAAGAGCUCUCUAUAAUAACAUCAGAAAAAGACAAAUUGUUUUCUGAAGUAGCUCAUAAGGAGAGUAGAAUUCAAGGUUUACUGGAAGAAAUUGAAAAAACUAAAGAUGACCUAACAACUACCCAGUUGAAUUAUAAAAGCACUGAGCAAGAAUUUCAAGAUUUUAAAACCCUUCAUAUAGAAUGUGAGCAAAAAUAUAAAAUGGUCCUUAAAAAGAAUGAAAGAAUGAAUCAGGAAAUAGGAAAUCUUUCUAAAGAAGCAGAGAAUCUUGGUUUAAGUUUGGAUGCUUUGAAGACUGAGCUUUCUCACAAAACUCAAGAGCUUCAGCAGAAAACAACUGAGGGUCAAGAAAGGUUAAAUGAAGUGGAACAACUGAAGGAACAAUUAGAAAGCAGAGAUUCUAGGCUGCAAGCUGUAGAAAAGGAGACAACACUGAUCACUGAGAAACUUCAGAAAGCCUUAGAAGAAGUGAAAACCUUAACCCGAGAAAAAGAUGACCUAAAACAACUCCAGGAGAGCCUGCAGAUUGAGAGAGACCAACUCAAAAGUGAUAUUCAAGACACUAUAAAUCUGAACAUAGAUUCACAAGAACAGUUACGAAGUGCUCUCGAGUCUUUGAAACAACACCAAGAAACAAUUAAUACACUAAAAAUGAAAAAUUCUGAGGAAACUUCUGGGAACUCACUUUUAGAAGAAAAUCUAGGAAAAACUAAAGAUGAAUUUCAGCAAAAGAAAGAACUGAAUAGAGAAUCUAAAGAGAGUGAAGCUCUACGAAAAGAAGUUGAUUUACUCUCAGAAUUCAAAUAUUUAUCCCCUGAAAUGGAAAUGCUGAGGAAAGAGAUCCAUGAAAAAUCUGAAGAGCUCUCUAUAAUAACAUCAGAAAAAGACAAAUUGUUUUCUGAAGUAGCUCAUAAGGAGAGUAGAAUUCAAGGUUUACUGGAAGAAAUUGAAAAAACUAAAGAUGACCUAACAACUACCCAGUUGAAUUAUAAAAGCACUGAGCAAGAAUUUCAAGAUUUUAAAACCCUUCAUAUAGAAUGUGAGCAAAAAUAUAAAAUGGUCCUUAAAAAGAAUGAAAGAAUGAAUCAGGAAAUAGGAAAUCUUUCUAAAGAAGCAGAGAAUCUUGGUUUAAGUUUGGAUGCUUUGAAGACUGAGCUUUCUCACAAAACUCAAGAGCUUCAGCAGAAAACAACUGAGGGUCAAGAAAGGUUAAAUGAAGUGGAACAACUGAAGGAACAAUUAGAAAGCAGAGAUUCUAGGCUGCAAGCUGUAGAAAAGGAGACAACACUGAUCACUGAGAAACUUCAGAAAGCCUUAGAAGAAGUGAAAACCUUAACCCGAGAAAAAGAUGACCUAAAACAACUCCAGGAGAGCCUGCAGAUUGAGAGAGACCAACUCAAAAGUGAUAUUCAAGACACUAUAAAUCUGAACAUAGAUUCACAAGAACAGUUACGAAGUGCUCUCGAGUCUUUGAAACAACACCAAGAAACAAUUAAUACACUAAAAAUGAAAAAUUCUGAGGAAACUUCUGGGAACUCACUUUUAGAAGAAAAUCUAGGAAAAACUAAAGAUGAAUUUCAGCAAAAGGUAGGAGACAUAAAUAAGAAACAGAAUUUGGAAGCUAAAACAAGCCAGGCAUUAAUUGGAGACCUUAAGGAUAGUGAUGUGACUGAGCAACAGAAAAUGAUCUGUUCUUUAAUACAGGAAAAAAAUGAACUCCAACAAAUGUUGGAAAGUAUUACAGCAGAAAAGGAACAACUAAAGACUGACCUAAAGGAAAAUAUUGAAAUGACCAUUAAAAACCAGGAAGAAUUAAGAAUUCUUGAAGAUGAACUUAAAAAGCAACAAGAGAUAGUUGCACAAGAAAAGAACCACGUCAUGAAGAAAGACAAAGAGCUUUCUAAGACCUGUGAGAGACUGGCAGAAGUUGAAGAAAAGCUAAAGGAAAAGGACUUAGAGAAACAAGAGGAACUAAGAAUCGCUCACAUGGAUCUGAAAGAGCACCAAGAAACUAUUGAUAAACUCCAAAGAACUGUUUCUGAAAAAAAUGAUGAAAUAUUAAAUAUGCAAAUGAACUUAGAAAAUGCAAAGACUGCCAUAAAAGCACAGAUCCAAGAACUUCGAGAGAAAGAACAUCAACUUCUUAAAGUAAAAAAUGACCUGAAGGAAAAUGUGUAUGAAACAGAGCAACUGAAGAAACAACUGGAAGCUCAGAACUCAGCUCUGGAGAGUUUAGAAUUAGAGAAGUUAAUGUUGACUCAGAAAAUAAAUGAGAGCCUUGAAAAACUGAAACUUUUUACUGAGGAAAAUGAUGGCCUAAGAAUUGUGGAGGAAACUCUCAAAGUGGAACGAGACAAGCUGAGGGAAAACCUUAGAGAAACAGAAGCAAAAAUUCAAAAGCUUAAGGGAAAUGAACAGAAACUUUUUAAAUUAAAAGAAGAUGUCAGUGAGAUACAGAAACAACUCAAGGAUCAAGGUUUAACUCUGGGUAAUUUGGCUCAGAAUCUUCAAGAUAACUUCGAAGAAAUGAAAUCUGUAAUGAAAGAGAGAGAUAAUAUAAGACGAUCAGAGGAGAUGCUCAAGCUGGAGAGAGACCAACUCAAGGAAAACCUGCAGGAUACCAUUGCUAAAGAUCUGGAGACACAACAGGAACUAAAACUUAUUCAUAUGUAUUUGAAAGAACAACAACAAACUAUUGAGAAAUUCAGAGAGAAAGUUUCAGGAAAGACAACUCAAAUUAUAAAUAUUCAAAAAGAUUUAGAUAAAUCAAAAGAUGAAUUACAGAAAAAGAUCCAAGAACUUCAGGAAAAAGAGCUUCAACUUCUUAAAAUGAAUAAAGAUGUCAAUAAAAGUGAUAAAAAAAUGAAUGAAAUGGAACAUUUGAAGAGGCAAAUUGAGGCCCAAAAUGUAUCUGUGAAAACUGUGGAUAUGGAUAACUUGUGCUCUACUAAGAAACUUCAUGAAAAUCUUGAAGAAAUAAGAACUGUAGCUAAAGAAAGCAAUGAGCUAAGGAGGAAAAAGGAGUGUCUCAAAAUGGAAAGAGACCAGUUCAGAGAAAUCAUAAGAAAAAUGAUAGCUAGAGAUCAUCAGAACCACAAAGAGAUCAUAAAAUAUGAAAGAAGUUCACUGUGUGAUGGAGAAGAGCACAAUACAGAAAGCCUGAGAGAAAAGUGCUUCAGGAUAAAAGAGCUGCUUCAGAGAUACUCAGAGAUGGAUAAUCAUUACGAGUACUUGAAUAAAUUGUCUUUUGACUUAGAGAAGGAAAUUGAAACCCAAAAAGAUCUUUCAAUUAGAGUAAAAGCAAACCUCUUACUUCCAUACCCACAAACAAAGCAGAUCCAAAAACUUUUUGCUGCAAACCAGAGAUGUUCCAUGGAAUUCCAUAGAGUCAUAAAGAAACUAAAGUAUGUGUUAAGCUAUAUUACAAAGAUGAAAGAAGAACAACAUGAAUCCAUCAAUAAAUUUGAAAUAGCUUUUAUUGAUGAAGUGGAAAAGCAAAAUGAACUCCAAAUUAAAAUACAACACCUUCAACAGGAUUAUGACAUACCAUCCAAAGAAUUAAGGCACUCCAAACUGAACCAGAGUUUGGAUCUACAUAUUGAGGAAAUUCUCAAAGAUUUCUCAGAAAAUGACUUCCCCAGCAUAAAGACUGAAUUACAAGUAUUUAGUAACAGGAAAAAAAUGACUCAGGUUUUGGAAGAGUGGUUAAGUACUCCUUUUAAUAUAGAAGAACUUAAAAAUAGCAUCCAGAAAGAAAAUGAUAGCAUUUGUCAAGUGAAUUACUUCUACCAUAAUAAAAUAACUGGUAUAAUAAAUGAAUCAACAGAGUUCGAGGAAAGAAGUGUAACCCGAUCAAAAGAAUGGGAACAUGACCUGAAAUCAAUAAUAGAGAAAAAUAAAAAACUGUUUGAAGACUACCAAACUUUGACAGUCUCCCCAAUAUCUGGUGCCCAGGCUAAUCCUAUUGUACAAGACAAUAAAAAUCCUCAUGUUACAUCAAGAGCUGUACAACCAACAGAGAGGAUUCAGGAACUGGAAAAUUCCUUACGUGAAGCUAAAGAAAGUGCUGUACAUAAGGAAAGCAAGAUAAUAAAGAUGCAGAAAGAACUUGAAAUGACCAAUAACAUUAUAGCAAAACUUCAAGCCAAAAUUAAUGAAUCAAAUAAAUGUCUUGACAAAACAAAAGAAAAGAUGCAAGCACUUCAGGACCAAGUUGCUUUAGGAGCCAAACCCUAUAAAGAAGAAAUUGAAGAUCUCAAAACAAAGCUGGUGAAAAUAGACUUAGAGAAGAUGAAAACUGCCAAGGAAUUUGAGAAGGAAAUUCAUUCUACAAAAGCCACUAUAGACUAUCAAAAAGAAGUGAUAAGAGUAUUAAGAGAAAAUCUGAGAAGAAGUCAACAGGCCCAAGAUGCUUCAAUGAUAUCAGAACAUACUGAUUCUCAGCCUUCAAAUAAGCCCAUAACCUGUGGUGGUGGCAGUGGCAUCAUACAAAGCACAAAAGCACUUAUUUUGAAAAGUGAAUACAUAAGGCUAGAAAAGGAAAUUUCUAAGUUAAAGCAGCAAAAUGAGCAGCUAAUAAAGCAAAAGAAUGACCUGCUGAGCAAUAAUCAGCAUCUUUCCAAUGAGGUCAAAACUUGGAAGGAAAGAACCCUUAAAAGAGAGGUUUGCAAAGAAGUAACUUGUGAGAAUUCUCCAAAAUCUCCCAAAGUGACUGAAACAGAUUCUAAAAAGAUACAAAAUAUACCAUCUCAAUACAAGGAACAAAAUGUACAAAAUCCAGUACCAAAGGAAUCGCCAAAAUCUUGGUUUUUUGAUAACCGAUCCAAGUCUUUACCAGCACCUCGUCCAGUUCGUUAUUUUGAUAACUCAAGUCUCGGCCUUUGCCCAGAGGAACAAACCAUAGGAGCAGAAUGUGUGGAUCCUAAGCCAGGUCCUUGGUACACCUCCGGAAAAGAUGCACCCGAGUGCAAAACUCAGUAGGCUCCCCUCUGUCACUUUUCUGGAGGCCUUGCAUUCCAUGUUUGGAAAUGAUGCUCUUACUAUGUGUGUCUAUUCAUGGCAGUGAUGUCACAAUCCAACUUAACUUCAAUUUAUUUUUCACUUUGCCACUAGAAUUAGAAAAUAAAGGAACAACAAAUUAAUUUAUUCCAAUAAUUUAGAAUAAUGACAGCUAUACCUUCUUCUUGCAUGUGGUAACACUUUUUUAAAAAGUUUAAUUGUAUUAUUUAUUUAUAUAUAUUGCAAAGAAUAAAAUUAUUGAAGGAAAUUU